GGAAGACCCCUUAGAGGCCUUUCCAGUUUUCAAGAAAUACGACAGGAAUGGAUUAAAUGUUUCCAUCGAGUGUAAACGCGUAUCCAGCUUGGACCCGGCGACCCUCGAGUGGGCUUUUGAACUAACCAAAACAAACAUGCAGACCUUGUAAGGCCUGAGGAAUGCUGAGGGAUCGUGGAUGGCACUGGGGAGCCUUGGUCAACAGUUGUGGAGAUAGACAAAGUGGUAGAUGGGAACUUCCUCAACCUCUGCCCCUUAUUAUAGGACAUGCUUAGCAAAUGGAAGGUCCUAGGUCCAGUCCCUGUCAUCUCCAGUUGAAAAGGAUGGGAUGGUGGGAAAGAAUAUGUUCUUGAGAUCAUGAAGGGCUACUGUCAUUGCGCUUGAUGGACCAGUGUUCUGACUUUGUAUAAGGCGGCUUCCUGUGUUGUGCUUUUGUGAUUCCAGUUGGAGACUACUGCAAAAAUCAUAUUCUGUUAGCAGUGACAAGCAGUUUUUGGCAACUCUUGGGCUGAUAAGCAUGUGGAUGAGCGUGGGGCCCAAGCAAACAGGAUAUACUGUGAAUGGGAUGGACUUGUGUGUUCAUUGCAGUGCAAAUGUAGUGCAAGACAUCCAAAGUACUUCCUGUCCCUUUUAACAGUUUUAUAGUUGGGUUCUCUUACAAUGUUGCCCAGGAGCAACUCAGAGAUGCUGCUCAUAGUUGAGGUGGAGAAGGGGAGAGGGCUUCUGCAUCUAUAUACCCAUUCCUUGCCUCUCUUAGUUAGCAAUAUAGACAACUUUUCAUGGUAUGAGCAGAGUGAAUGGGGUUGGAAAGACCGGGAGAAACGGGAUGAGAUGGCAGAUGACCGUGCUUGGUACCUGAUAGCUCUGGAAGAUGGCUCCCUUCCCGUGGCUUUCUCACACUUCCGCUUUGAUGUGGAAUGUGGGGACGAGGUACUUUAUUGUUAUGAAGUGCAGCUGGAAAGCAACGUGAGAAGGAAAGGCUUGGGCAAAUUUCUUAUACAAAUACUGCAGCUUGUGGCAAAUGGCACACAGAUGAAGAAAGUCAUGUUAACAGUAUUUAAACACAAUCAUGGGGCCUACCAGUUCUUCAAAGAAGCUUUACAGUUUGAAAUCGAUGAUACCUCACCUAGCAUGUCUGGCUGCUGCGGAGAUGACUGUUCCUAUGAAAUCCUCAGCCGAAGAACAAAAUUUGGCGAGAGCCAGCAGGCUCACCUGAACAGUCAUUGCGGUGGCUGUUGCCACUGAAGUUGCUUUUCAUUCUUCAAGAGAAUCCAGAUAAGCCCUGCCUUUUUCUUUGCCUGAUUGUGACCCCUCUCAGCCUUCCCAUUUCUUUGCUGUGUUUCUGAGCCGGGAAAAAUGGACUCCUCUCCUCCAUCCUGAAUCUCAGGAUGAACAAUCUUCCUCCAUUUGGGAGGUUCUGGAAACUGAUAUCCAGCCUGACUGAGGCAUGAUACGUAACCUGGUUUACCUGUGGCCUUAAACUGAAGGUGUGAAUCCAGACAACGGUGUUUUCUUUUUGUUUUGUCUUUUUGCAAUCAGGCGAUAGGGUCUUGCUUCAAGUGAAUGACAAGAGAUAACUUGUACUGCAAGCUUUAAGGGCUGAAGAAGGAUUGUGGUGGGUUUUUUUAUGUUUGUGUGAAUUUUGUUGUACUGUUAUUGCAGUGGCAAUUUCAGAUAUGUAAUUUUAUCUACAUUGAAGUGUGCUCCUCUUUUAUUCAUUGAUCCCUAGAACGAUUGGGACUGCUCUUUAGCUGCAGAUCAUCAGUGUAUAGCAAACUAGGUAUGGCUCCCUAUGUGGAGAGCUGCUAAGACUUUGUCUGAGGACAGUCUUUAUUGCUUGGAAUUUCUCUUUGUACACAUGACAGCCAGCUCUUGCGGGUGUGUAUGUGUGCUUUAUACACUUUUUAAGAUCCACAUCCUUAAUAUAGUGUUCAGAAUCCAUAGGAUAACCCCUAGAGCUCCAAACUCUUUAGUGCAGUUUGAAUAGACUUUCAGUGAGCCCUUCUUCUGUGUCCCUUGGGGAAUCUUUGAAACUGAGUCAGUUAUUGGCAAGCGGCACAGGUGACUAUAUUUGUAUUCACACAUUGAACAACUUCCAUGAGUUAGGCAUCGUGGAAGUCAGAAGCUGAUAUCCUGGUGUUUGAAAUGUCCAGCCAAAGGUACCAUUCAAAUUGUUCAGACACUGUGUUUUGUUCAGGCACAAUAUCCUCUGCUUUAUUUGGUCUUCACUUCAAACACAAAAAUCUGGGGCAAUGAUUAAUUUUGGUCUGUUACAAGGCAAGAAGUUGUGUUGUUUUUUAACACGAUUUUUUCCCCGACGCCUUAGCUUUACAACUGCACCAAAGUUUCAUUGUUUAGGCCGGGGCUGUCCCUUCAAUUUUUUAAUUCUCUUGAGCUUCUUCCCUUCAGUGGAGAGGAGCAUUGCCUUUCUAUUCCUGCAAGGUGCAUGGCAGUGUGAGAUUGCACUGGCCUUUCAUUUCAGUUGCGUCCUCUGGAGUAAAAGCUCCAUUUGGGACCCAGGAACCAGGUCUGGAACUUGCAUUUGUUACUACUGUAAUCAGUUUAAAUCCUUUUUUCUGUCUUUGCCACGUACAGAACUGCCCAUCCUCUGACUCUCCCAGGCUGGCUAGGGAGCCACAUUUCUGCCACAUUUUCCAGCAGAAUCAUGUUCCAGCUCCAAAAUGGUACUCACUGAGGAGCAUGUCUUCUAGUUGCUAGGCAACUGCUACUCGUUUCCUUCUUUCCAAAAGGGCUUCUGGGAGUUCUUCCUUGCAGCAUGGUCCACCAUGUCCUGCUAAGCAACUGCCCAGAUCAUGCUGCAGUCCUGUUCAGCUGAAGCGAGGCUGGCAAAAAGAACCAUUUCUUCUCCCAUGGGGCCUGUUUCACCAGCUACGUUUUGCCACCUCUGGGUCUGUAGUUGGUCUCUCUUCAGCGGGAGCAGCAAGAACAAAAUGGGUGCUUCUCUUUUGGGGCCUACAGCUGAAAAGUCAACCAAAAUCAUUUUUGUACCUUUAAACACCUGGACACUUUUAAACUUGAUAGUGAAUUACAUCUCAGCAAACAGACUGGCUUUUGCCUUUUAACAAUUGGAUUGGAAUCACAUAGGUUCAUAGUGAAGAUGUUUAUCGGAAUUCAUGUUUGGGCAGACUCUUCUGAUGGAUAUAUUUUCACUAGCUGGAACAGGGACAGCUACAUCUUGGAGCCUCUAGAUUCUCCAUAGAUUUGGCAGGAAGACCAGAUCUUUCCACACCUGUUCUUACAAUUGUGUUGCCAUUUUUACACCUCCCCACCCCUGGUUCCAGAUACUGAAAAGGAGAAGAUAUUAAGUCAACAUAUUGACAGGCCUAUAAUGCAAGAAAGAGGCCAAGAAGCAGAUUGUGUCUUGGAAUCUGGACUUCCAAGAGUUUCUCCCUUGAGAAAUAAGAACAAAUAGGUUAUUUUUGCUUGUCAGUGCUGUGGAAAUGUUUGGAGUGUGGCUGUGAGAGAACUUUAUGAAUGCAACUUUGGUUCACGUUGGAUAGUGAAGGUUGCUCAAAAGGUGUUGGCAUUUGUCCCAUAGGCCCCUGAGAUAACUUUAUUUCUCAAGAGGGGGCUGCGCCAACGUAAGAAGCAGUGGGCAAGUCACACAGGCCCUUUGCCAGUUACAGGGCAGUUCAGUACCACUGUCUCCCGGGAUGUUUGGCACAUCUUCCAAACAUUACACAGUGGUUCUGGAUUUUAUCCUGGCCAAAAGAGUUCAACAGAGUCCACUCAAAGCAUUACUUAACCAUAUUCUGGAGCAAUGCAAGUGGACAGUCCAUUCUAGACUAGGGGGCUUCUUUCAUUGAUUGCCCAUGUGCCUAGGAAUUACCUAUUACAUUGCAAUGGGCUGUUCUUUAAUGUACUAUCCAUGUGUGCAGAAACACUCCUGUCCCACCUGAAGCAGCUGGAAACCUGGCAGGGUCACUAUUCAUUAGGUAACGCUGCUGUUAUGAACUCUGCCAGGUUGAAGCAAGGGACGUCUUGGGUUUUGAAUCUUCUUGUUUAGAUGGUGGUGCUCUCUCUCCUCAAGACAAGUCAAUGGACUGCUGCCUUUUUCAUCCAUUCCUUCUCUCAUAGGACUGCAGCCUCAACCGUAUCUUGCUUUAACGUCCAAGGUGUAGAAACAAGUGGACUCUGCUUAUAACCUGUAUGGCCAAGUCUUUUUUUUUUUUAAUAUAUCACUGGAUUAUUGUACAAAUGGUUUCUUUUUCAAAAGUUAAUUAUUCCAGGUUUUGUAUUUGUUUUAAAUGCUGGGCAUGGUCUCUGAAUUUUCAGAUCUGCGACUUUUGAACAUUGGCUAAACCAAUAGCUCUCUUGGUGUUAUGUUCCUCAUAAAGUAUAUUGCCAUAUUAAAUGAUAUUUAUUAUCAACCUUUGGACUUCCAUUUAGCGUUCCUAUAAAUGGAUUUCCCCCUCAAAGAAACCAAAAAGCAAAUGUCAAGGAAAGGUGGCUGGAGGUGUCUGGCUUAUGUAUUUAUUUUCCUCUCCUGGUCUCCAAAUCUGGCAUGCUAAGUAACUGAUCUAUUUCAGUUGUAAUAAUUCUGUAUUGUAUACUCCUAUGUAUUAGUGCUUUUCCUCCCCUUCCUUUGUUAAUGUAUUUGAAUGUUUCCAUUUUUUAGAAUAAAUUUUGAAGUAAAUACUUUUCUUACCAAGUGCUUUCACUGGAAUAAAAAGGGAACACCUUGACUUUCUAAACCAUAUUUGGUUUAUUUGUACGUUAAAAAUAAAACCUUUGUUCAGUCUUUUA